AUGAACCUGCUUAUCACAAUACUCAGCCUACUCCUCAGUGGCAUCUUUGGCCUUGGGGGGAUGACUCACACUUCUUUCAACAAUGAUGACGAUGAUGCUUACCGAUCUGAACUGCCCAAUCUAUGGGAACGGACUCCCUCGUAUGCCCCCACCCCUGGUUACCCAGACCGCGAAUGGACGCCAUCAGUAAUCUGCCCUUCACCCGUCCCUGAGGACAUAAUUAGUAAAUGUUCACCUUCCCUUCAUCAACAUAUAUCUCACGAGCAGAGGUUUGAUCCUGUGGUUGAAUGUGCAGAUGGAAGUGCAUGGGAUGAACAAUCCUCGGACUGUAUCCACUAUCAGAUCGAGUGGAGGGUUAAACUGAAUAGUCGAGUUGUGGUCAAGGAUACAAAACAAGACCUUAUUCAACCACCUAGAUCCUACUGGGAACAGAUGAAAGAGGAUGCUUGUAAUAUUAUAGGGCGGAAAACAGCCCGUGGGCGACGUGUGAGACUAGAUGAUACUGACAUGGUGUUAUCGGUGAACUCCCAACGGAAUAUUGACAAACACUUUGAAGAGGACAGAGAACCUCUUCCUUCUAGAACAGACAAGCGAGGAAAGUCAUCGGUGACUACACGGAUGCUCGCUGAUCGAGAUGCCCAGAUUGACGCUGAGCAGGUCACCGGCCAAUAUUCCGUCUGGCGAGAUGUGUAUCGUGUUAUGCGAUGUCCCGGGCCUCCCUGUCGCCACGAAGGACAAUACUGCUGGCAAGACCCAGAGGGAAAAAGGCACCACAGAGUGAAGACACACCAUCUGAAGGCCCUCGUCAAAUAUGUGGAGCAAGGUGGGGUUCUCGAGACUCACGCCGAUGUCCCUGAUAGUGUUCGUGAGCAGCUCUAUGCCGAGGAGAACCAGCGACUGGACAAAAAAAAGAAAGCUGCGGAGAACUCUACAACGGGCCCAGUGUGUCCUCCAAUUAAUAUCAAUGUCCUACCGGCUGGAUCAUCUCAACAAUCGAUACAGCCUCCUUCUAAUAAUGCUAUGCCCACUGGGACCGGCUGUACUGAGUCAAUCAUAAUCGACGGCCUGCUAGAUGUCGCUGUGGACGAGUAUACUGAAUGGCAGCAAUCGCGGGUGAGCAACGAGACUUUCAGGAAGAACAUUAACAAAGCACGCGAUGUGACCCUCGAAAACUGUCUCGACCUCAUGCAGAUUUAUGAGGAUCAAGACCCAAGUUUCUUUGUCAAGCACGGCGUGAAAGUAGGUGCCGCCCGGCGGUUUGUUCGAGACAUUAGCCUUUAG